UAGGCGAUAGGACGGUUAAUUAACUAAUUAUGCUCUCCUUCAUGGCAAUCCAUGUAAUUUAUUUCAACAUAGUGUCCUUUCUUAUAAGCACCGUAAGCUUAAAUGAAGGCCGCCAGUUCUGUGGUUCAGGAUCCUUUCCUCUUCCGCCUGCGAGAAGCAUACAAAAUCCCGGUCGCUUUGAAGUUGUAGCAGAGAAUCAUGGCGGUCUUACUCUCCGCCGCAUCGAUGAAUCUGAGAUCCCGAAGCCUUGCUAAAAUCCCUUUAGGAUUCUCCUCAACUCACCGCUCCGACGACGGCAUCCUACUGUUUUCACCCCUUUCGCCUCGCCGCAACACCGCGCUCUUCAUUCAUCCAUCUAGAACACGGCGGGAUCACACCGCGACCAUCUGCUUUGUAAUGGAAGAAUCCAGUUCAAAUACCUCUGAAGAAACCGCCAUCCCUUCGCUGCUGCCAGAGCACAACGCCUAUGAGCCAAAGGAAGAUCCGACACAAAUCUCGGCGAACAGAGUAUCCGAUCGAAUGGCUCGGAAACGGGCGGAGCGAAGGGCAUAUUUGAUCGCAGCGGUGAUGUCGACCUUUGGCAUCACCUCAAUGGCCGUCGCUGCAGUUUACUACAGAUUCGCAUGGCAAAUGGAGGGCGGUGAAGUCCCCUUUACCGAAAUGCUUGGGACCUUUUCUCUUUCCGUGGGGGCUGCGGUGGGAAUGGAGUUCUGGGCGAGAUGGGCUCACAGGGUGCUGUGGCACGCAUCGCUUUGGGAUAUGCAUGAAUCGCAUCACCGAGCGAGGGAGGGGCCCUUCGAGCUCAAUGAUGUCUUCGCCAUUAUAAACGCAGUUCCGGCCAUCUUCCUUCUCUCCUAUGGUUUCUUCCACCGCGGUCUUGUUCCUGGACUCUGCUUCGGCGCGGGUCUGGGGAUUACGCUGUUCGGGAUUGCAUAUAUGUUCGUCCACGACGGCCUGGUACACCGAAGAUUUCCGGUGGGGCCCAUCGCCAACGUCCCCUAUUUCCGGCGAGUGGCCGCCGCUCAUCAGAUCCACCACUCGGACAAAUUUGAAGGCGUCCCCUACGGGCUUUUCAUGGGACCUAAGGAAUUGGAGGAGGUUGGUGGGUCUGAGGAGUUGGAGAGAGAGAUCAAGAGGAGAAUUAAGAUGCAAGAUAAAUAACUCCAAUUUCAUUUGCUGAUGUUAACUUGAUUUUUUUUUUUUUUUUUUU